UCAAAUGAAGUGAUAUUUGCGUUGGAGUCGCACGUGAAGAAAGUGCGCCAAACACUGGACUACCCGUUGGAUCCGAUGGUCACUCCAAGACUAGAUGGCGAUGUCCUACUGUUGCGGGCGAACCAGCAUUUGGUGCGCCCGGAGGCCAGACAUGAGCACCACUUUGUGGCCAAUGAUUACGGAUUCAGUGAAUUAAUUACCGGCAAUUGUAUUGUCAAAGAACUUGAUGGUAAUCAUACGAAAUUCUUGGAAAAUAACCCGGAUCAAAUCCACCAAUACAUUAGCGAGUAUAUGAAAUAAUAUAUGGAAUUGUUUAAUGAUAAAUAUUAUUUUUAAAGGGAA